AUGGAGACAGGAGAUAUCCAGAGCUCCCAGUGCCCACCCUGCCCGUCACCCAUGUUGGCACUGUCCCUGGGUGGUAGCUGCACCCUCAUGCUUCUCACUCUGCCUAGGCUGCUGCCUCCUCAGCUCUUUGGGGUCGUGGAACAGACACUAUUCAAGGUGCUGCCGGAACUGCUGUGCCCUAUGGUGGACAGCGUGCUGUGCGUGGUGAAUGAGCUCCUGGGGGCUGUGCUGACCAUCCAGAACUCGCUGAUUGAGGGGCCCAUUCUACAAAACGUGCUGGGGACGGUCACAUCAGUGAACCAGGGCCUCCUAGGCUCCAGGGGCCUGCUCGGAGGAGGUGGCCUGCUGGGCUACGGAGGGGUUUUUGGUGUUAUCGAAGAGCUCUCUGGGCUGAAGAUCGAGGAACUCACGCUGCCAAAGGUGUCGUUGAAGCUACUGCCAGGGUUUGGGGUGCAGCUGAAACUGCACACCAAGGUGCGCCUGCAUGGCUCUGGUUCCUCUUCAAGGGACUCCCACCCUACUGUUCUUCCCUGGAUCCCACCCCUGUACCCCUUCCCAGAGACCUCCAUCCCACUGACCCCCAAGGACUUCCAUCUCAUGUUCCCGGGAGAUACCUACUCCAUUGCCUGGAGCUCACUGGAGGGGUUGGGGGAAGAGGGCAGCUGUUGUGGGCAUAUAAGAGCCGCCCCCAGCCCUGAGAGGGUGGAGGAGCUGACAGGAGGCUGCGAACCCCCACCUACCUGUCGUGGAGCUGCAGGAGUGGGUCUGGUGCCCCUUGGGGCUCUUGGAACUGUGGAAUUCUCUCUGGCCACCCUGCCUCUUACCUCUAACCAGUACAUAGAGCUGGACAUCAACCCCAUUGUGAAGAGCUUAGCUGGUGACGUAAUUGACUUCCCUAAGCCCCACAAACCUGUCAAGGUGCCUCCCAAGGAGGACCACACAUCCCAGGUGACCGUGCCUCUGUUCCUCUUCAACACCGUAUUUGGGCUCCUGCAAACCAACAGUGCCCUCAACAUAGACAUCACCCCUGAGCUGGUUCCCAGCAAUGUCCCGUUGACAACUACAGACCUGGCGGCUUUGGUCCCUGAGGUCCUGGUGAAGUUGCCCCCAGGCCAGCAGCUCCUGCUCUCACUGCGGGUGAAGGAAGUACCUACAGUCACGCUCCAGAGCAAGAAGGCCACAGUCUCCAUCCCAGCUGUCAUCCACGUGCUGUCCUACCUCCCUGCAGGGACCCCUGAAGCCCUCUUCGAGCUAAACGGGGUUAUGACUUUAAGUGCCCAGCUGUCUCCUUCUGCCACCAAGCUGCACCUAUCGCUGUCCCUGGAACGGCUCAGUGUCAAGCAGGCCUCCUUUGCCCACGCCUUUGAUGUAAGUUCUUGGGAGGGUGAGUGGCUUGGUGGUGGUGAGGGUCUUCAAGUGGGGGUGGAAAGGAGCUGUGUCCUCAAGCAUGGGGCAUCCCAUUUAGAAGAAUGGCUCAGUGAUGUGGUCCGGGCGGCAUAUGUGCCAAAGCUCAAUGCGGACCUGGAUGUUGGAAUUCCCCUGCCUAAGGUCCUCAAUGUCAAUUUUGCCAAAGCUUCCCUGGAGAUCAUAGAGGUGAGUUUCUGA